AUGACUAUUAAACUUAUAGGAUUUCAUGCAGCAGUUCCAACCCUUAGGGUCAUUACGACAUUAAAUGAAUUGGGUGUUCCUUUUGAAUUCUCUCCCAUAAAAGAUCGUGAAGAUUUCAAGUCUAACAAAUUUUUUGUUGAUAAAAAUCCAUUUGGAAAGGUCCCAAUUCUCAUUGACGAUGGAUACAUCAUCUAUGAAUCCCGUGCGAUUUCUCGAUAUUUAGUUACCAAGUAUCAAGGAAAGUAUAACGACAAUAUUUUGAUUCCCGACGAUAUUCAAAAAGUUGCCACCAUUGAUCAACACAUUUCGAUAGAAGGAUUUUAUUACGAUACUCCAAUUUCUACCAUCAUAUUUCAAGAAAUUUACAGGAAAAAAAUUGAUGGAACGGGACCGGAUCCCGAGGUCAUAAAGAACGAACGCGAAAAACUUGCCAAAACGUUGAAUUCUUACGAAAAAAUAUUGGAAGGCCAAAAAUAUUUAACAGGAAAUGACGUUACACUUGCGGAUAUUUUACAUUAUCCUGCUACAGUUUAUAUAAUUUCCAAAGGAUAUGGUGAUUUAUGGGAAAGUAGACCGAAUGUUAAGAGAUGGGUUGAGGAUUUAUCUAAGAGAGAAGUCUUGAAAGAAAUUAAAAACCGUUUAGUAACUUAA